AAAAAUCUGUAGUUACUCGUUCAAAAAUGCCAGAAGUUAAAGAAAAAGAAUUUGAAUUAUUUUUUAAUGAUAAAGAUAAUGUAAAUAUGAGUUCUUAUGAAGUUAAUGAAGAAACAAAUUUACCUGUUCUUUAUUUAAAAGAUCAAAAAAGUACACUUUGGGAAAAGUUUUCUGCUAUAUAUCCAG